AUGGAUCAAGUACCAGAUUCUGCCCGGCAUUUAAUCGAGUGUGACACGGAAUCCUGUAGGAACUAUUCUGAGUUUUAUUGCAAUACCUGUCACCAGCGAAUCUGUGACCACUGUAAAGAGGCCCAUUUAAAGGAAAACACAGGACAUGAGAUUGUACGCUAUCAUGAGAGAAAAAGAAAACUUCCUUCAGAGAAAUGCAGGAUCCACCCCAUCAAAGAUAUAGAUGUUUUCUGUAAGUUUUGCCAGGAUCCUGUUUGUUCUACAUGCUUUGCCCAAGAACACAGUGAUCAUGCAAACAGUGACCUCGAAACCAUCUAUAAUGACAUUCUACAAGAAUGUCAGAAGGAAAUGACUGAUAUUUGGAAAACAGUCAUACCUAAAGCUAAAGAAAAUGCUGAAUCCAUUGGAGGAAAGAGAGAGAGAAUGUCAAGAAAGAAAUUGCCAAGUUUAGAGUAUCCAUGA